ACCAUACCAAAAAGAAAUAUAUGUUAAUGAACAUAAGCAAGAUAAUGUAAUUGCAUAUCAAAAAAAGUUUUUGAAAGAAAUGAAAGGCUUAAAACAUCAAAUGGCAAGAGAUAAAGCAAUUUAUAUUUUUGAAGUAAAAUUUUCAAAUGCAAUGGCUAUGUUUGCUUUUGAUAAUAGCACAAACCAUAAAGCAUAUGCAAAAGAUGUUCUUAUUACUACUAAAAUGAACCUAAAGCCUAGUAGAAACCAACUAAUAAUGCAAUUAACAACUUUUGUGAAAGCUGAUGAACAGUUGAACACUUAA